AUGGAAUCAGACUUGAUUUUAAAUAGGAGUGUGAAUGUAAUGCAUCCCUGCUAUGAUGCCACUUAUACAUUUAGAGGCAACCCUUCUGCUGAAUGCAUAUUAUUAUAUAUUUUCCUUGGUUCAUUGUCUGUUGUCACAAUAUGUGGAAACUUUCUUGUAAUAAUCUCUGUGGUUUACUUCAAACAGCUCCAUGCUCCCACUAACUACCUCAUCCUGUCUCUGGCUGUGGCUGACCUGCUCGUAGGAGUUUUAGUCUUUCCUUUCAGUAUGGCCAUAACUGUCACGUCAUGUUGGUAUUAUGAAGGAUUCUUCUGCAAAGUACGAGGUUGCUUUGAUGUUACCCUGAGCACAACUUCUAUUUUGAACUUGUGCUGCAUUUCUGUUGACAGAUAUUAUGCAAUCUGUCAGCCUCUGACUUAUAAAAGUAGAAUAACUGAUCGUGUCGUCUGGAUGAUGAUCCUGGUGAGCUGGGGAGUUGCUGCUCUAAUUGGAAUUGGCAUCACAAUUGCAGGAUUUAACCAAGGAAAAUGUGAGGAAAGUUGUUUAUUAGAAGGUCUGAUAUCAACCACUCUCGCAUGUAUUUUCUCCUUUUAUAUCCCGGUCAUCAUAAUGCUUAGUAUCUAUUUAAAGAUUUUCCUUGUUGCACAGAAACAAGUAAACAGCAUCCAGAAUGCAACCUGUCAGAACCCAAAGUCUGGAGCAACUGCCAGCAAGAUGGAGAAAAAGGCCACCAAGACUCUCGCUAUUGUCAUGGGAGUUUUUCUCUUAUGUUGGACUCCUUACUUUCUUUGUAUUAUUUUUCAACCUAUAACAUAUGAUGAAACACCAAUCGCUGUGAUUGAAGUGCUUAACUGGCUUACAUUGUCAAAUUCAAUGCUAAAUCCAUUCAUUUAUGCUUUCUUUUACAGCUGGUUCAGAUCAGCUUUCACAACAAUCAUUUCUGGAAAAAUAUUUCAAGGUGAUUCUUCUAACUCCAAACUCAUGUGA